UUUGCUAUCUCAAGUGGACCGUUUUCUCUAUAAUAGUCUGGUACGAACACCAUUCUGGCCAUAGACAUACAAUAUAACAUUCUGGCUCGGUGAUAAGGUUCAAUUUGGUAUGGCUAACAAGUCAUUGCGCUCUCCACUUUAAUGACUGGAUCGAACUUACUGAAAAGUAAAAACCUACUUAUGACAAGGCAGUAUGGCUUAGAGCUUUAGUCUGUCCAGAUGGAUGAUUUUUUUUUUAUAGCAACUAUGAUUAUAUGCUCUUUGAACUAUGGCGGCAACUGUCAAUGUCAGUAUCACAUUUAACUUCGCGGGAGAUAGCUGUCAUAUAUUUAGAUAGAUACAUUUAUUUACCUUCAUAAUUAAAAACAGAUAACGCCAUAUGAUGUGUUGAACUUUGCCAUUGAUGUAACAAGAUAUUCAUAUACUCAUCUGUGACAUCAAUUUCACGGACAGUAUCGAGUGAGACUCCGUUGACAUAGUAUACAUUCAACAUGUGUAUAAUAAGAUUUUUUUCAUAUGAAGCAUUUAGUGUCCAUAAGACAAAAGAAAUACUUCAAAAGCUAAGAGUCGUUGACCUUGAUGUAGUGGAAUUAUCUACGGAGCUGUGUUACCAUGUCGAGUUGGCCGAGGGCUGUGAAUACCUAAAUAUUAAUCAGAUAAAGAUUCUGCAGUGGCUGUUGAGUUCCCCGCUCCAGCCUAAUGCUUUAAGGAAUAAUACUGUCUACACUAAUGUGAAAGAUAACCAGGUUGUUAUUGAAAUUGGGCCAAGAUUUAAUUUCUCAACGGCUGAUUCGAGUAACUCGGUCCAAAUUUGCGAAAGCGUUGGUCUACGCGAUGUGGUCCGCCUCGAGGUAUCAACCAGACACCUCAUCACUUUCAACAAGACUAAGAAUGUCUCAAAGCAGCACUUUGAGGACUUGGCCUCAGUUUUGCAUGAUAGGAUGACGCAAUGUAUAUACACGUCAGAAAAUCUCCCGAGGCACAGUUUUAAUGAGGGGCUGCCGAAGGAUCUGGAGCCCUGGUUCGUGGUGCCUCUUCUGAAGGAGGGACGACCAGCUAUGGAACGAGUCAACCAAAAACUAGGUUUGGCUUUCGAUUCCUGGGACAUGGACUUUUACACGGACCUGUUUGUAAACAAACUGAAGCGUGACCCAACCAGCGUGGAGUUGUUCGAUCUAGCCCAGAGCAACAGUGAGCACUCUCGUCAUUGGUUCUUUAAGGGCAAAAUCAUACUGGACGGCAAAGAGAUCAACGAAUCAUUAAUUGAUAUGGUUGCUUCCACUCAAGCGACGUCGAACGAUAACAACGUCAUUAAGUUCGGUGAUAACAGCAGUGCCAUCAAAGGAUUCAAACACACAAAACUAAAGCCGACCAACGUCCGAGCGCCAUCACAAGUCAUCCAAGAGGUCACUGAAUCCGACAUCAUCUUCACAGCGGAGACCCACAAUAUGCCUACCGCGGUGGCUCCGUUCAGUGGGGCCACUACUGGGACUGGUGGGCGUAUUAGAGACGUCCAGGGAGUUGGGAGAGGAGGGCAUACUGUUGCUGGGACCGCUGGAUAUAGCGUUGGAAACUUAAACAUACCCGGUUACGAACUACCAUGGGAGGAAAAGACCUGGGAGUACCCGAGCAACUUCGCUAGUCCACUGCAAAUCAUCAUCGAGGCGAGCAACGGCGCUUCUGACUACGGCAACAAGUUUGGAGAACCGGUUAUUACUGGCUUUGUUCAGUCAUACGGCCUGAAGAACGGCGACAACGUGCGUGAGGAGUUCGUGAAGCCGAUCAUGUUCAGCGGCGGCAUUGGAUACAUGCCUCAUUCCAUGAUCAAAAAGAAUAAGCCAGACAAAGGCAUGCUUCUAGUGAAGAUCGGAGGGCCCGUGUACCGCAUCGGCGUGGGCGGCGGCGCGGCUUCCUCCGUCGCGGUACAGGGCGGCGACUCGCGCGACCAUGCGCUGGACUUUGGAGCUGUACAGAGAGGUGAUGCUGAAAUGGGCAACCGUCUCAACCGAGUUGUAAGAGGAUGCCUUGAGGCUGACGUCAACCCAGUUGAGUCGAUCCACGACCAAGGUGCCGGCGGCAACGGGAACGUCCUGAAGGAGCUCGUGGAGCCCGCGGGCGCCGUGGUGUUCAGCAAGGAGUUCCAGCUCGGGGACCCCACCGUCACCACCCUGGAGCUGUGGGGCGCGGAGUACCAGGAGAAUGAUGCGCUGUUGUGCUCUAAGGAGAACAGAACUGUUUUAGAAGAAAUCUGCCAGCGCGAGCGCUGCCCCGUAUCCUUCGUGGGCGAAGUGACCGGCGACGGCUACAUGAGUCUCGUGGAGGGGCCCUUCAGCGACCGGUACCUCAGCAGGAACGAGAGGUUGAAACCUGAGGUCAAGGCCAAACUACCGUACGAUCUACACUUGGAAGCUGUCUUAGGAAAUAUGCCAAGAAAGACAUUUGACUUCAGACAGGACAAGAGAACCAAACUGCCGCUCUCACUGCCAAAGGACGUUACCGUCCAAAGUGCUUUGGACAGGGUUUUGAGACUCGUCAAUGUUGCUAGCAAGAGAUACCUAACUAAUAAGGUCGACCGCUGCGUCACGGGUCUAGUAGCCCAGCAACAGUGCGUGGGCCCACUCCACACACCUCUAGCUGACUGUGCGAUCAUCGCCCUGUCUUACAACGAGCUCGUCGGCUCAGCCACCUCCAUCGGAACACAGAACAUCAAGGGUCUGCUGGACCCCGCUGCAGGAGCGCGGCUGUCGCUCGGAGAGGCUCUUACCAACUUGGUAUUCGCCGGCAUCUCGUCACUAGAAGACGUGAAGUGCUCGGGCAACUGGAUGUGGUCGGGCAAGACGGGCGGCGCGGGCGCGGCGCUGGUGGUGGCGUGCGGCGCCGUGUGCCGCGCCAUGAGGGAGCUGGGCGUGGCCGUGGACGGCGGCAAGGACUCGCUGUCCAUGUGCGCGCAGGUCGCCGGGGACACGGUCCGCUCACCUGGAACUCUGGUAGUGUCGACGUAUGCGCCGUGCCCUGAUAUCACGGUCAAGAUAGAACCGGCUCUAACAACCGAGAACUCUGUGCUCGUGCACGUGCCCGUAUCAGCUGGGAAAUACAGAUUGGGAGGUUCUGCGCUGGCGCAGUGCUACAAGCAACUUGGCGACAACCCGCCUGAUCUUGACCAACCGGCCGUACUGAAGUCACUGUUCAAGAUCACGCAGAAACUCUUGAAAGAAAAGAAGCUACUUUCCGGCCACGACAUCAGCGAGGGAGGUUUCAUCACCACGGUCCUAGAGAUGGGCAUCGGCGGUCUGAGAGGGCUCCACGUGGACCUGCAGGCCCCCGUGUCGGCCAUCGAAGCGCUCUUCAACGAAGAGUUGGGCAUCGUCCUAGAAGUGGCGCCAGACAAUCUGCAAUACGUGCUCGCCGAGUAUAAUAACAGUGGAGUGAAAGCGCAGAAGAUUGGCGUUACCGGCAAAUAUGGCAUGCGCUCUGAGAUCUCCGUGAAAGUGAAUGGCGAAUCAGUGUUGAAGACUCAGCUGAUAGACGUGUACAGAAUGUGGGAAGAGACAAGCUACCAGCUGGAGUGCCUGCAGGCCAACUCCGAGUGUGUCAAACAGGAAUGGGAAGGUCUCGAGCAACGCAAGGGUGUAACGUACAACGUGACCUACGAUCCUACAGCCGCGGUUAUCAAGUCCAAAUCCGUCAGGGUAGCGGUUCUUCGUGAAGAAGGAACGAACGGUGACCGUGAAAUGAUCGCUUCACUGUUGAUGGCCAACUUCGAAGUUUUCGAUGUGACCAUGAGCGACUUGCAGAACGGCAAGAUCACACUUGACGCUUUCAAGGGACUUGUGUUCCCCGGUGGAUUCAGUUAUGCAGACACCCUAGGCUCAGCUAAAGGCUGGGCGGCCGGCAUCCUGUUCUCCAACUCGCUGAGCUCCCAGUUCGCUCACUUCAAGGACCGAAGCGACACGUUCUCGCUGGGCGUGUGCAAUGGUUGUCAACUGAUGGCUCUGCUCGGCUGGAUCGACCCUGAGCCCAAGGUGCAGAACAAGACACAAGUGUUCUUGGACCAUAAUAAGUCGGAGAGAUUCGAAUGCCGCUGGAGCGCAGUAAGGAUCAGCGCCGGCGCCGCCGACGUGUGGUUCGGCGGCAUGGCGGGCAGCACGCUGGGCGUGUGGGUGGCGCACGGCGAGGGCCGCUUCGUCGCCUCCGACGCCGCGCUGGCCGCCCUGCAGCAGCAGCGGCAGAUUGCAAUGCAAUACGUCGACGAUGAUGGCGUUCCUACUGAGACUUACCCGAUGAAUCCUAACGGAAGCCCACUGGGCAUCGCCGGCGUGCGGUCGCGGGACGGGCGGCACGUGGCCAUGAUGCCGCACCCCGAGCGCUGCGUGCUGCGCUGGCAGGCCGCCGCCCCCGCCCCCGCCGCCACCGCCCCCGCCGCCGACACGCUCAGCCACGCCUCGCCCUGGCUGAGACUCUUCCAGAACGCAUACACGUGGGCUGUCAAACAUUAAAUGUGCAUCGAACAAAUUGCUUGAAAACGUUACGGAAAAGGGACGUCUUUCUUGUAGACAAUAUUAUAUAAAACUAUUAAAUCUUACAUCAUUCAGCUUUUAAGGAGCUUGCACAUGUUUAUGCUAAAAAAUGUUUCAAUCCUAAUGGUGAAUAUUGGUUGUGGAUAAGCCUUUCCUGCCGUUACAAUGCAUUUAGAAAUCGAUUUAUCGGCACCCGCAAUGUGGUACUUUUUGAUUAAAAUCGCUACAAAAAAAUCCUGACAGACAAUAUUCGAUAUAGGGACCGUGCGCGUUGGAGGGUCUGCCAUCUUGUGGUCUGAAUCAGAACCAUAAACAGGCACAUUUACACGUCAAGUGUUUUCUUGUGCAUAGUAGGUUCUGCCAUCUUGUGGGCUACAUCGGAACAAAAAACAUCACAUUUACGCCUCGCGCCAAAAAUCUGACGGCUCCUGUGCUGCCUCCUAUAGUUCAUGCACGCUCCCUUAUGAUCUAGUAUAUUUUCUGUAGAUGCGCCAUAAGCGUGCGCCCGUGAGGGACAAAACAUACACAAUGCGACAAAAUUAAAAACACGUUUUAACCUUCCUGACAACUUACCAAAACCAACCUACGUAAUUUGAUCGGGUUACUUGUUACCCGAAGAAGAAAACAAAUGAAGAUGUUUUACGCAUGGUAGGAGAGAAGAGGAGUUUGUUGAGCACCAUAGAAAAUAGAAGAGGAAAGAUGCUUGGACACCUGCUACGACACGACGAAUAUCAAGAACAUAAUUGAAGGGAGAGUUGAAGCAAGGAGACGGAGGGGGAGACCAAGGAGAACCUACAUAGAGCAAGUAAAGGAAAAACUCAACGUCGUGUCGUAUCAGGCUGUCAAGGAGAAGGCAGAGGACCGACACACAUGGAAAUCGCUCCACCGACAAGAGUCUAACUCUUAAAUAUAUGAUGAUGA